UUGCAACGUCAUGUUUUUGCACCUACAGAAAUUUCGAAUACGUCUUCUGAUCUGUGCGAAGUUACUGCUGCCCAUUUUGUUAUUUCGCGAGCUGGAGCUAUUUGCCAUUUCUAUGCUCGAAAAAAGUACUCCACUUAAUUCAUUUGAUUUAAAUCAAUGUUACUUGGACGAAUUACCAGAUAAGUUGAGUUCUAAUAAAGGGAAUGAGUCCAUAAUUCUAGGGGAUGUCCUACUGUCGGAUAUAAAACCAACACCAGGGCGAACUAUUUUCUUCCUCGAAACCAAGUGUCAAUCUCCUGACUCGGACUUGAAAUACAUUAUGAAUUUGACAGCAAGACAGGCUUGUUCCAUCAAAUCGGCGGCGUUAAAUAAUCCCAACUUUCAAGUCUUUGUUAUAUUUGCCAAUCCGAAAGUAACAGAUAAGGAAAACAGAUUUAUAAAUGUAAUUCAAAGCUACAAGAAUGUGCAUCUACGACAGUUGAAUAUUUGGCGAUAUGCGAAGGAUACUCCAGUUGAAGACUGGGUCCUAAGGAAUAAUAUGUUCUUAUCAAUUUACCCGACAGAGCACACGUCUGAUCUACUUCGUUUGUUGACUCUAUAUCGCUUUGGAGGUAUCUAUAUGGACUUGGAUGUGGUGGUGUUACGCAGCUUGGAAAAUGUUCCCCUAAACUAUUUACACUGAUAAAAAAAAUGUUCUAAAAUCAAGAUUUUGGUCUCAGAACUAAGAUUUUUGGUCUAAAA